AUGGAACAACAUUUGAAAGAAACUGGUGGUAAGGUGGUAACUCGAUUUCCUCCAGAACCUAAUGGAUUUUUACAUAUUGGUCAUGCAAAAGCUAUCAAUGUAAAUUUUGGAUAUGCUAAAGCAUAUGAUGGAAUAUGUUAUCUAAGAUAUGAUGACACUAAUCCUGAAGCUGAGGAAGAGAUUUAUUUUACUUCUAUUAGAGAAGCAGUAGAAUGGUUAGGGUUUUCACCAUACAAGAUCACAUAUUCUUCUGAUUAUUUUGACAACCUUUAUGAAUUGGCAAUAGAAUCAAUUAAACGUGAUAAAGCAUAUGCAUGUUCAUGUACACCUGAUGAAAUGAAACAGAUGCGAGGUGGUGAUGAUCAUGGAGAACGUAAAGAGUGUGUGCAUCGUAAUCGUCCAAUUGAAGAAUCACUAGCUGAAUUUCAAAAAAUGAAGGAGGGAAAGUACAAGGAGGAAGAGGUAACCAUUCGUAUGAAGAUGGACAUGCAAAGUGGAAAUCCACAAUUUUGGGAUUUGGUUGCGUAUCGUGUUUUGCACACACCACAUCAUAGAACUGGAACCAAAUGGUGUAUUUAUCCAACUUAUGAUUUCACACAUUGUCUUUGUGACUCUUUUGAAAAUAUUACACAUUCACUUUGUACACUUGAAUUCCGGACAGCUCGUGAAUCUUAUUAUUGGCUAUGUGAUGCUCUUGAAGUAUAUAAGCCUGUUCAAUUUGAGUAUAACAGACUAGUUAAUGAAAAAUAUGUAAAUGGUUGGGAUGAUCCACGGCUAUAUACACUACCAGCUUUAAGAAGACGUGGUGUCCCACCAGAAGCCAUUAAUCAAUUUGUUUUAGAACUUGGUGUGACUACAUCAAAUUCAACAAUUCAAGUAUCACGUUUUGAAAAAUAUAUUCGUAAUUAUUUAGAUGUCAAUGUUCCAAGAUUAAUGGUCAUUAUAGAUCCUAUUAAAGUAAUAAUUGAAAAUCUACCUGAUGAUUAUGUCGAAGAGUUGAUUGUUCCUUUCAAACCAAGAGAUACAUCUAUGGGAGAGCAUGUAGUACCAUUUAGCAAAGUAAUUUAUAUUGAAAAAGAUGAUUUUAGAGAAGAAGAUUCACCAGACUAUUAUCGUCUUGCAAUUG